UCGCUUCAAAGGCUAGAUCCUCCUGUGAACUUCAACGAUCAUCAAUCUCUGCAGCGAGAUUAAUUUUCAUUUCCGAGUCGAUAAAAAUUAUUAAUAGUUCAUUCUUAGGGUGGAAAGCGAUAGAAACUGAGCACAUUGAAAACACAAUCAUGGUGAACUCACCUGCUCAAGAUUCCAGCCAAGAAAGUCAGAUGGUAGUAGAAAAAAAACCUACAUGCCGUCCGGACAGUUGUUGGUCGUGGGUAGUGUGCGUGGCCUCAGUCAUUUUAGUCAUAAUUGUAUCGGGGAUCGGCUAUAGCUUUGGCUUGCUCCUUCCUCCUCUGAUGGAAAGCUUUGGAGCAUCCAGGCAAUCUACAGCCUGGAUCGGAUCGUUAAACCUCGCUUUUGGUUAUGUCUUAAGUCCUCUGGGUUCUCUGAUCAGCGAUCGCUUUAGCCACAGGGUCACUGCCAUGGUGGGAGCCCUCACAGGGGUCAUUGGAUUUUCUCUGGCGUCUUUGUCUCCUAAACUGUGGAUGAUGUACCCGACGUAUGGACUCAUGUCAGGCUUUGGCCAUAGGAUGAUUUACAACUCUUGUAUGGUAGCCAUCGUGGACUACUUCGUUAGACGGCUCUCUUUGGCCGUUGGUAUAAUGACGUCCGCGACAGCCAUAGGCAUGCUUGUUAUGACUCAAGUCACCCAAGGCUUGCUGGAUACAAUUGGAUGGCAAGGCACGCUACAAGGGUUUGCAGGUUUCUAUUUGCUAUGCGGUUUGUGUUCGCUUGUUUUUGUACCAGUGGACCGCUCAGAGAAUAACAAGGGUGGCAUGGCUGCGGAUGAAAAAGCAGAGGAGAAAGAAAAUUCAUCUCUCUUUGGAAAUCGUCCUUUUCUCGUCCUGUUGUCUUCAUUCAUGGUUGUUAAUAUAAGCUUCUUUGUUCCAGCCGUACACAUCAUUAAGCACUGCGAACAAGAACUGAACAUAUCUGGAGACAGAGCUUCUAUGUUAUUCAUAUAUUUGGCGACAACGUCCUUCUUCAGUCGCCAUUUAUUUUGCAAACUUGGAGAGUUUCGUCACUUCAACAGGUUCCAUAUGUACCAGGGAGGUAUGACAAUCAGCGGAUUGUGUGUCAUAUGUCUUCCAUUAGCAACGUCAUAUGAAUCUUUGGUAGCGAUUUUUACAGUCCUCGGCCUCAUGGAGGGAUCUUCAAUGGGUCAAUUCUCUCUCCUACUUUUAAAAUGCGUCAAACAACGCCAAUUCAAUCAAGCUUGGGGCUACUUGAACUUCUUCAUGGGCAUUACUAUAUCCAUUGGACCACCAUUGGCUGGUCUAAUGGCAGACAAGCUUGGCUCCUACACUAUCCCAUUUUACACUUCGGGUGUGGUGCUGAUAACAGGCGCGUCAAUCAUCUCACUGAUGCCGUUUGUAAAGCAACAUGCUGACUUUGAAGAAGAAAAAGAGGUGCAAUUUUACAAGGAAGAACUUUUAGUAACUGAAAGAAUAACCACACUUUAGGUUAAAUGGCGGAGAAAACAGGCAAAGGAAAGAAUAAACCUUUGAUGAGGAUUAUGAUGAUGACGGUAUUGAAAGAAACUUUUUCUUGUGAAACAUGAUUACAUUGCCACCCUUUGUUGGCAAAGACAAACAAUAGAGAGAAUGUACCUGAAAUAAUGGUAAAAGUAAAGAAAAAUUGCCGUAAUUUCUUAUCGUUUUAAGAAAAAGAAUAGAAACUUUUCGUUUUAGGGUUAACUUUUAAACGACGGGUCAUAAUCCACGACGACGCAUGUGUAAAAAAUAUGCAAACCACAUGUAUUCAAGUGUUCACGCUGUUUUCAUGGAUUUGUAUUUAACAGCUUUAAUUCGUUUCAUUAGAUGCAGUUUGUAGAACAUUAUUGUUCAUUUCGCUGGAGCAGGCAUCGGGUUGCAAAGUAAACUUGAUAUUAAAUUCGUUCCCACCUUAAGAUUUAAGAGGAUAUUUAGAGGGAAUCGUAAAUGGGUUAAGUUUUGAUCACUGGGUUAUACCACGGAACACGUCCAGAGAAAAAA